AUGAACAACACACAUUCCUACGAUGUGAUCAUCGUCGGCGCCGGCAUUUCAGGCAUCAAUGCCGCCUAUCGCAUUCAAGACCAACUCCCCGGCUUCAGCUAUGCCAUCCUAGAAGCCCGCGACGACCUAGGCGGCACCUGGGAUCUCUUCAAAUACCCCGGCAUCCGCUCCGACUCGGAUCUCUUCACCUUUGGCUUCCAAUUCAACCCCUGGAAGAGGGAUAACCCCAUUGCCGAGGGCUCUGCCAUCAAAGAGUACGUGCGCGACACCGCACACAAAUACGGCAUCGACCAAAACAUCCGCUUCGGCCACCGUCUCACCGCAGCAGACUGGUCCACCGCACAGAAUACGUGGUCGCUCACAGUCGACCGCGGACAGGAGCACACCUCCACCUUCACCGCCCGCUAUGUCAUCUUCGGCACGGGGUAUUACAACUACAAGGAGCCUCUGCGCGCCGACAUCCCCAACCUCGACGACUUCCAGGGCCAGAUCGUGCACCCGCAGUUCUGGCCCGAGGACCUGCACUACCAGGACAAGAAAGUCGUGAUCAUCGGCAGCGGCGCAACAGCCGUAACGCUCCUCCCCAACCUCGCCGAUAAAGCCGCGCGCGUGACCAUGCUGCAGCGCAGCCCAACCUACAUCCUCUCCCUCCCGAACCGAACCAACAGCCGCUGGCUGUCGUACCUCCUGCCGGCAUCGCUGUACAGCCGUGUCCAGCGCCUCAUCUGGAUCUACACCUCGCGCUUCUUCUUCCUCUUCUGCCAGCGGUUCCCGGGCUUCUCGCGCUGGCUGUUGAAGCUGAACGUGCGCAAGCAGUUGCCCGCGCACAUCCCCUUCGCCCCGCACUUCCAGCCCCGGUAUAACCCCUGGGACCAGCGGCUGUGCGUCUGUCCCGACGGCGACCUGUUCCGCUGUUUGAGGACCGGCAAGGCCGAUGUCAAGACUGAUACCAUUCGCGCGGUGACGGCGCGGGGGAUCACGCUGGCUUCGGGGGACACGCUGGACGCGGAUAUUAUUGUGACGGCGACGGGGCUGAGGCUGCAGAUUGCCGGUGGGGCGGUGCUGUCCGUCGAUGGGAGUAAGAUUGAUAUUGGGGACAAGUAUCUGUGGAAUGGGGUCAUGUUGCAGGAUUUGCCGAAUGCGUCGUUUGUCAUUGGGUAUACGAAUGCAUCGUGGACGUUGGGGGCUGAUGCGACGGCGCUGUUUGUUUGUCGCUUGUUGAAGACGUUGGAGUCGCGGAAGUUGCUUGCUGCGACGCCGCGCUUGAAGGCUGGGGAGGCGGCGACGUUGCAGGAUCGGCGUUUGCUUAAUCUCAACUCGACGUAUGUGUCUGUUGCGGAGCGGGCUCUUCCUAAGGCUGCUGAUCGUGGGCCCUGGCAGCCGCGUGAUCACUACUUGAAGGAUCUGAAGUUUGCUCAGAGCGGUGAUAUCGACACUGGAUUGGAGUUUGUACAGGGGCCUGGUCUGCGACUGCGUCCUAAGAUGUCUUGA